GCCGAGGGAGGUGGGGGAAAGCGCGCCUUUUGUUGAGCGCAUGACAACAUCACUCCAUUCAAGAUUGUUUUGUACACGUUUGAAUACUGCGGUUGUAUUACAUGCGAGCGAUGGUUGGGGGCAUGCCAGGCAGAUUCACCGAGUGCAUACCCAAUCAGUGUUAUUGGCAUACGGUGGCAUUAGCAUAAUCAUGACGUGUGGCCUGCCAAUCUCUAUACCAAGCACGGCUAAAGUAAAGCUUCAGAUUUGACACCGAGUUUAGUAUCAACCACUGCUCAUGCAACACACUCCUCCUCCACCUAUUAAACCCCGACCAAGUUAUGGCCUGUAGUCACUUCAUCAUUUAGCUUUCUCCGGAGUCGGACUUCCAGUUUUGACUUGAACCGCCACUGACUAUACAAAUCAAUUAUAGAUUAGGGUGACGACUUGUCAAGUGUGUGCUCUCAGUUCCUCCUAGUCACAUCUGGGAACAUCGGCAAGUUUUACUGGACACUACUAGUUCUUCUUCUUUGAUUGAGACGUCAAGUGGUAGACUCAAGAUGCCGAGGUCUUUCUUAGUGAAGGCGAAGGGCAAGAAAGUCACCUAUGCCCCAGCUAUCAGCAUGGAUGCUGAGGCCAGGAUGGUUAGUGCGUUCACGCCGGUAACACCAAGGAAAAAAGAGCUAGCCGUUGGUUGCGAUGUGGAGAUUGAACGCGCGGUGACUAUCGGACCGUACGAAGCCUCAGCGGUACCGGGCAAGCAGCACAGCCCGACACUGAGCAUCGACCAUCGACUGCUCGAGAUGACUGGCGUGUCACCGCCACGACUGCCGCUACCGGGACCGAUCACCAUCUUGCCCUGCUCGCUGCCUCUGGGUUACCCACCGCAGCGACCCUUGAGCAGUCCCAAUCAGAGAUGGCCGAGUGAGAUAUCCAGCUACGAUAUCCCUUCGCCGCCCGCAAAUGGUUUCAUCAGCCGUGAGAUAUCGGAGCUUCUGAAAGACGGCCGCCUGAGCUACACCGACGUCUACAGAGCUCGCUUCGCGCAGAUCGAGAAAGAUCUCCUCAAGUCGUUCUCCCUGGAGGAUCUGAACUGGUACCGGGCCAAGCUCGGGGUGAACGUGCCAACCUACCACCCGACCUUACCCGGGGCGGGAGGCUUCAGACCGCAUGGAUUCGUGGGAAUGGAACGCCCUCCUCUGCAGAGAAGAUUCUCGUCGGAUUCCGAGGAGCUCCGUGCCGAGAGAAAGUUGUUUUCCCCUUCCCCGCCCCUCUGUGGUUCCCCGGGCCAACACGGCACAUACACCUGUCUAGACUGCGAUAAGGUCUUCAGUACGCCCCACGGACUCGAGGUACACGUCAGGCGGUCUCACUCGGGAAAGAGACCCUACGCUUGUGACCUGUGCCACAAGACAUUCGGACAUGCCGUCAGUCUGAGCCAACACCGAGCAGUCCACAGCCAGGAGAGGUCCUUCCACUGCAAGCAGUGCGGGAAGACCUUCAAGAGAUCGUCCACUCUAUCCACUCACAUGUUGAUCCAUUCCGACACCAGACCCUACCCGUGCGAGUACUGCGGAAAGAGGUUCCACCAGAAGUCAGAUAUGAAGAAGCACACCUACAUCCAUACAGGUGAGAAACCUCAUAAGUGUCUGGUGUGCGGUAAGGCGUUCAGCCAAUCUUCGAACCUGAUCACCCAUAGCCGUAAGCACACGGGCUACAAACCGUUCGGAUGCAAGAUCUGCGGCCGUGCCUUCCAACGUAAGGUGGAUCUCCGCAGACACUUCGAGACACAACACCCGGACCAGGAGAGAGGGCCCGCAACCAUGAUCGGGGUACUGGCCAUGUGAUGGGAGCGUGAUCACUGCCUGGUCAUCGCGUGAUGGGAACGUGAUCACUGCCUGAUCAUCGCGUGAUGGGAACGUGAUCAGAUGGACAUGAUAUGGACAUGAUUCAAAGCGACCGUGAUCUUCACGAGCAGUGCGUCACGUUUAAAGGAACUGCGUCACGUUGUCACGCACAAUGCCACGUUGUCGUGCAUGCAUAAUAACGGUGUUACGUUCCAUGCGCAUGCAAUGCGUGAACCAACUAUAGGUGCAUUCAAUGCGCCAAAUACUGUGAAUAAUAAUGUUGAAAGUGUUAUAUAAUUAUAACAAAUAAAUAUGCAUUAUAGUGUAAGUAAUGUUUAAAAUGAAAGUGGCUGCACAGUUUUCCUUUUUUUUUUGAAGUGGAAUAGUCGGUAGCAUGGGCCUACACUAUUGUGUCAGCCAAUUGGAGAUGGAAAAAUGGAAUAAUUUUAUGAAAAGUUUGGUUUGUUAAAGUUCCCCAUGCACCUGUAGACACUAUUACGAAUACAUAUGAUUUUGCUCAGUUUUUACAGAUCAUCGUUUAUAUAAGGAUUUGUGAAACGACUAUAGUGUUCAGGGAAUUAAUGUGAGCUGUGGAUGGAUGGAUGGAAUGCGACUUGAGAUGCAAUAUGGAGAACGGGAGGGGCGGGGCUGCAAGAAUAGGAGGGCGGGGAAUAACGAAGAGAUGGGACGAUUUGAGAUGAGUUUUGAGGGAAAAGAGUGUGUAAUGUGUUUGCAAAUAAGAGACUGUAUAGGGGAACAUAACUGAAAAUCAAAGUUUAAAUUCGAGUUUCUGUUCAAGUGCAAGAUUUAUAUACGAACCUAUAGACAAUCACAAUAAAAAGCAAUUCCUUAUUUGAUUAUAUUCCA